CGAGCACCGAGCAGUACCUACCUUGUCCUCGCCCUAUUAAUUUCUAGGGGCCGCGUUCUUCUGGGGACAAGCGCAGAACAGGAGAGCCUAUCUUUCUUCGCGAGAAAUAAGCAGGGACCACUACCUCUACCACACGACGAACGACGGCGACGACGACAAAGUCGAAGCCUAUGUCUGCCACCAGCUCUUGUAGCCCGUCCUCGCCGUCUCGCCCACGGGCGAGCACUUCGGCACCGGACGGGACGAUCGACGCGUCGUGGCCUAAUUCUUCCCAUGCAGUACCGCUCUCCUCGCACGAGGACAAUAAUUCCAGCAUGACAACAAGCCCUACCAGGGCCGCCGUCCAAUCAUUUGCUCGACGAUCUACCUCGCACCAAGAAGCUACAACAACCUCCGCGAUGAACAAGAUGCUGGCUAUUGAAAUCCUUCCCACUGCCGAGGCUGCGUUGGAGAAAGCGAACGGUGGCAAUGCGAGGUUUCAAUACUGGCGAGUGAUACUGCCGCUUGGAAUCACCUACAUGGCGGUUUCUAUGGUGGUCUAUUCCUUUACCUUCAUCGCCGCCGUCCCGUCCUUUGAAUGCCGAAAGAAGGUUUUCC